AUGGGGACUUCCUUCCGGCCGCAGACCUCUCGAGGCCCCGGUGCCUCCUCCGAGUGUUUGCUCGAGGCCCCCUUCGAGGCCUACGCCGACUCGCCCGAUAUCAGGCCCGAGGAUGACCCUCUCAUGGACGAUGCUGUUCCCCGCGAUCGGGUGGGGCCGUCAACAUGGCGCAGGCUGACGGCAUGGAAUCGGUUCACGCGCUCUGCCAACGCCCACGCCCUGCCCCUGCUAUCUGAAGAGCCGCACCGCAGAAAGUACUCGCGCUGCUGGGGCUGCUUCUCCCGCGGUCUUCUUAUCUUCUUCGUCAUGCUGUAA